AUGUUAUAUAAAACACAGCUUUGCUCUUUUUACGCAAAAGGAAUUUGCGCUCGUGGUAACAAAUGUAGUUGGGCUCAUGGCGAGUUAGAUGUUAGACCGAUGCCUAAAUUUUACAAAACUCGAAUGUGCUAUACAUUUUUAUCGGGAAGUUAUUGUGAAGCAUCUAAAUGUACAUUUGCUCAUACAGAAGAAGAAUUAAGAGGUUCUGGAAAAGCCCUGAGAUUGUGUACAAAAUAUUUUUUAGAUGGCUAUUGUAGUAAGGCAGAUAAAUGCCCUAUGGCACAUAGCAUAAAUCAGUUGGACCCAUCUGUAAAAUUUUCGUCAACAGAACUUAUGAGUAGAGUAUAUAAUAAUGAAGAUCUUGAAAACUAUAAAAAUAGAAUGGAUAUAAAUAAUAACGAAAAUAAGCAAACAGAUGAAGUAAAAGGUAAUCAUGAGGAUUAUAAUGAUAAUAUGAAUAAUGGUGACAAUGAAAAGGAUAAUAAUGAAAAUAAUUCUAAAAAUAAUAACGGCAAUAAAAAUGGACAAAGAGAUAAUAGUAGAAAUAACAAGAUUAAUAAAAACAAUCAAAAUAACGAAUAUGAAUUGCGUAAAGGUUUAGGAGAUAGUGAAGAUGAUGGGAAUAAAGAAAAAGAUAAAUAUAAUAUGAAUCGUUUUCGUAAUAAUGAAAAUAUGAAGGACUCAAAAAAAUCUCCUUUUAACUUUUAUCGGAAUAAUGAGAGAAAAACAUACAAAGAAUAUUUGCUUGAUACAAAUCAGGUGAAUGGCUGCAUUGGAAACAUAGAUAAAGAUGAAGACAUAUUGUAUAACGACCUUUUGAUGAAUGGGGAUUAUAUGAGAAGAAAAAAUUCCACAAAAGAAAAUUUGAUAAACAAUAAAUUUGAGAACAUAACAUCGAAUGGAUAUCAUUAUAAUUACGAUGGAAUAAUGGAUGAAAGAGAAAUUUCAAAUGGGAAAAUAUACAAAUAUAAGAAUGUAAAUAAUGGAGAAAAUACAGAUAUUUUUAGCAAUAAUUAUGGAAAUAUGAAAAAUUAUAAUAUGGGAAAUAAAACAAUGUUACUAAAUGAAUAUUAUAAAAAUAAUUUUGCAUUAGAACAUAAUACACAAAAUGAUGAAAAUAGUAGAGGAAAUAAUAAUAGUAAUAUGAAUGGUGUAUAUGAGGAUAUUAAUAAUUUUGAUAGGAUGUCUAUUUUACGAAAAAUGGAUAAACAAAGUUUAUUAUUAAAUAUGAAUUAUGAUAUAAACUUUAAUUCACCAAAAAAUGGUUAUAAUGAUAAGAAUGAGAUAAAUAUGAAUGAUUCAAAAAAUUGUUCAAAUUAUUUUAAUGAAAAUGGGAUACAUAAAAGAAAAGAAAACGACGAAAAUGUUGAGAAUAUAGAAAAUUUCAAAAAUAUGGCGAUGGGAUAUAAUUAUAAAAAUAGAUCUAGAACAGACCGAUAUGGUAAUAAUAUGACAAGCCUUAAUUUAAUGAACAAAAUAAAUGAUUCCGUUGAUGUUUCUGAUAUGAAUAAAGUUGGGCUUGAUGAAAAAAAUGAAAAGAAUAUAAAUGAAAUGCAUCAAAUGAACAUGAAUUUAGAAAACUUGAUAUAUAAUAUGAACAACAUAAAUUUAUGUGAUGGAAAUAAAAAUGAAAAGGAAUCUAAAAAUAGAAUUUUAAUGCAAGCAUUUAUGAAAUCAAGUAAUGAUAAUAGUAGUAUCAAAAUUCCAUCUGAAAAAAAUGUUCAAAAUGGAAAUGAAGAAAUAAAACGAAAUGAUGAAAAUAAAAUAAAUCAUGAAUCUUUUGAAUAUUAUACAAAUAAUGUUGAUUAUCAAUUUAAAAAAAUUAUUAUGGAUAAUGAAUUUUUAUUAGACAAUAAUAAUGGAAGUAAUGGAACUAACAAAUAUAAUGAAUUUAAUGACCAGUUUAUAAUUCCUAAAAGUUCAAACAAUAAUAAUAAUAAUAAUAAUGAACAUAUCAUGAGCAACUAUACAGUAUUGAGUUCAAAUGAUUUAUGUAAUAGUAUGAAUUCGAUGACAAAUUUUAGUAAUGUAAAUAGUAUUAGCAAUGUAAAUAGCAUUAGCAAUGUGAAUAGUAUUAGCAAUAUGAGUAAUGGUUAUUGUAAUGUAGAUGAUAUAGGUAAGAAAGGAAAUAUGAAUGGAGUUAAAGUAAAUUAUUAUAAUAAUUAUGAUAAUUAUAAAAAGAAUGGAAUUAAUAAUAUGAACAAUGGAAUAAUAAAAGAUAAUGGUAAUUGUAAUGUAGAAUAUGAAAAUAGAAAAACGAAUUCGAGUGCCAAAUUAAAUGAUUUAAAAGAUAUACGAAAUGAUGAAAUAAAUAAUUUUAUUAAUGAAGCUGUAAUGGAUAAAAGUUAUAUAGAAAAAGAAAUAAUUUCUUCAAGUGAAAAAGUUGGACAAGGAGGAGAAAGAUUUGAUGAAGGUUACAGUUCAUUAUCAUCUGAUAUAUCUUCUUCUAAUGAUUAUGAUUUAAAAAAAGGAAAUAAAAAAAUGAAAAAAAAUAUGAUUUUAAAUAAAAAAGGAAAUAACAUAAAGAAAGAUAUAUUAAAUGAAGAACAUGAAAUAAAUGAAAAUUUAUCUGAUGAAAGUACUAUAUUAUUAAAUGGGAAAGGAAAUGAUAAAAUGAAUGAAAAUCGCAUGAACAGUCAUCAUGAUAUGAGAAAUAAUGACAAUAUUUUAAACAUUUCAGAAUAUAAAUGGAAUAUGUGCAUGUUUAAUGAAAACAAUGGAAAUUGUAUGAACAGAAAUAACAAUAAUAAUAAUAAUAGUCGAAAUUAUGACUAUAUAAAAAACAAGUUUGGUAAUAUAAAUGAGAAUAGUAUGAAAUAUGAAGAUAUUAACAAAUUUUUAUUAGGAAAUAAUAACAAUGUUUCGAGCUAUGAUUUUGAAAAAAUAUUUUCAAAUAAAAAAAAAAUCGGAGAAAAUAUGAACAGUCAGGUGGAAACUGACACAAACAGCAUGAACGAUUUAAUAGAUUACCAAAAUAGAAGAAAUAUUAUGAACAAAAAUAAAAAUGGAUAUAAUGAAAAUGGAAAUUUAUUAAGUAUUUUCCAAAAUGGUUAUGGCAAUAUUAAUACUAAUAAUAUUAGUGAGUCAAAUAGAGAAAUAAAAAAUAGCAAUAUGAUUAGUAGUGUAAAUAAUAAUAUGAACGGACAGGUAUUUAGCUAUAAUUAUUUUAACAAAAAUAAUAUGAACAAUGUUAAAAAUGGUUGUGUUAAUAAUAAAGACAAUGAUGAUAUAAUUAAUAAUAAUCAUUUUUUUACAAAUGUAGAAAAUAAUAUAACAAAUGGUAUGUUAAAUGACUCAUUAAAUGGUGCUGAUCAAAAUUAUUAUAUAAAUGAACAUAAAAAAAAUGAUUUAUCUCAGAUUUCUAAAAAUAGCUAUUCCAAUUAUUUUUUAGAUAGUAGUGAAAAUAAUUCAAGUAUGGCUAAUUUAAAUUUUUAUGAAAUGGCAUAUAAGACUAAUGGCGGUUUUUCAAAUUAUGGACAUGGUAAUAAUAACGUAAAUAACGUAAAUAACGUAAAUAACGGAAAUAGCGUAAAUAGCGUAAAUAAUGAACAUACCAAAAUCGAUAUAUUAAGUACAAAAAAAAAUAGCCAAUCUACUAACAUUGAUGAUAAUAAUGAUAAUUUAUCUUUAAAUAAUAAGAAUGGAAAAAAUGUUUUAAAUAAUUGCACACCCCUUACUUACAAUUUCAACGGAUUGUAUGAAUGUCUCAACAAAAAUGAUAAAAUUAAAACAACCGAAUAA